AUGACUCGUCUACACCAGAAAGCGUAUUCAACUUUAAAUUUACUCUCAUUCCAUUCAUUUGGUCUAUAUAUUCUCUGCGCACCUGGUGCUUAUUCCGCUUACUACAGUCAAAGACCUAGUACCAGCCAUUGGGUUUUUUGGUAUUAUGUCGGUAGUGGUGGUCGCGAGUGCGGGAACAUUUGCAUAAUCACCUUCGCUGUUGUCUGCAUACUUUUGCUGCUCUUACUGUACAGAAUAUAUUCCAUUUGGAGGUCACAUCGUUGGGAUAAGAAAUUGGAUAAUGUACAACUUACAGAGAAUGGAACGGCAACGGGAGUUGGAGGAAAGUCUGAAAAGUCUCGAUUAUCAAGCUCGAGCGAGAGUAGAAUUGAGCAGGGUUACGGUGUCAACAAUGAGAAGAAAAGUGAUGGCACUAGUGAUUUCAUAGAGAAUGCCAAGCCUGGCCCUGUCACUCCUCCGCCUGUUUAUAGUAAUAUUUCUCAUUCCAUUACGGCCCCCACCCCUUCUUAUUCCAUGUCCUCCAUGUCCUCUACGGCACCUCUUCUUUCAUCCAAAUUUGUGGCCGAAAAUCCGACUCAGGAUUUACCGCCGUUGCGCGAACAAGUAGCGUUCAUUCUUUCCAAUGGCGCAGCGGAAUCUUAUAAGCUUGCUCCUGUUGACGAACCAUUAGAAAGAAAUCUCCUCAAAAUUGAUAGUGAUGGAACUACCGCGAGCUUUAAUGGGACAAGAGUGUCAUGUCAGUCCAAUUAUCCUUUCCUUGUAAUCAGAAAGAGCGAUUAUGCCAAUGACGACGAAGAUUCUCUUUAUCCUCCGCUCCAAACACCUUCUUCUUCUCCUCCUCCACCAAAUCUUGCAACAUCUCCUUUCCAUCAAUUUUCACCAACGACUCAGUAUUUUGAUCCCGCAAACGUAACAUAUACGAUGCCAGCACCACAGACAGAAGGGAAAAUCCCCAUACCAUCUUCAUUGAGCUCUAUUGCAGAAUUGCCUGAUUCGCCCGUAGAAUUAACAACGCCCACGCAAGAACAAAGUGGAUUAGUGAAGAAAGAUAUUGAGAUUAAAAAGUUAAAAGAAAAGGAGAGUUUGACAAAAACAGAUACAGACAAAGAAGGGAAUAGCAAGGGCGAACUGUGUUAUUUUGAGAUGACUGUGUUGGAAAAUGAAGGCUUGACUAAUACUAUUGCUGUAGGAGUUGCUACCCAGCCAUAUCCAUGGUCAAGUUUCCCUGGUUAUUACCCUCACUCUGUAAGUUUAAAUACAAGUGGAUAUGUUCACGCCUCUUCUCACGCAUCCAUUUCAUACUCAAAUGCUUGGGGAGACAUUGGAGAUACCGUCGGAUGCGGAUAUUACCCGAAAACCGGAGAAGUCUUCUUUACGAUAAACGGCUUAAGGCAUCAAGUUGCAUAUACGGGGCCGCAACAUGUAUGGUAUCCCUGCAUAGGGGCUGAUGGAAGGUGCAAAGUUAGCGUUAACUUUGGCGAAGAGAAUGGGGAUACGUUUAUAUUUAACGAGGCGAGAGGAUCAGGAAGUGUUGUUGUUAUCGAUUGA